UCCUUCCUUUCCACUCAAUUCCGUCAAACCAAACAUAUAAAUUGGAAAACGGGGAAAAAGAUCCUUUUUCCUCAAUUUGCCAUUGCAGUUGCAGACAUUCAAAACCGUCAGCCCGCUCGGUAAGUCUUGAAGCAGGGGGGGCUGGGGAGAGUGAAGUGGUACUCCAGAGUGCGAGUGGAAAGGUUACCAUUCAGCAGAGUUUGCUGUGCCCGGGAGGCGGAGCUGAAGCUGAGCUCUUUCUAAACCCUUAAGAGUAGGAAUCCUGAAGGACAGGGUGCUAGGGUUUUUCGUGAUUUUUGGGGGCGAUUCAUGGAGGCUGUUGUCGUCGAUGCUGGCUCCAAGCUCCUCAAAGCGGGACCCGCGGUCCCUGACCAGGCUCCUUCUAUGAUCAUCCCUACACAAAUGAAGCGGAUGCCUGAAGAUGGAUCAUUGCCUGAAAACUCAUUGGGUGAGGAUAUUGUUGUUGAUCCUGUAGUGCGUGGAUAUAUUCGAGAUUGGGAUGCGAUGGAAGAUCUGCUCCACCAUGUUCUAUACACUGGCCUAGGAUGGGAAAUGGGCAAUGAAGGACAAAUACUAUUCACAGAUCCGCUUUGCACCCCCAAGGCUGUGAGGGAGCAGUUGGUGCAACUGAUGUUUGAAACAUUUAACAUCUCUGGCUUUUACGCGUCAGAACAAGCAGUGUUAUCUCUUUAUGCUGUAGGACGCAUUUCUGGAUGCACUGUUGAUAUUGGUCAUGGGAAGAUAGAUAUUGCUCCAGUCAUUGAAGGUGCAGUUCAGCAUAUUGCGUCUAGAAGAUUAGAGAUUGGGGGUGUUGAUUUAACAAAGCUACUUGCACAGGAACUAAGUAAAUCUAAUCCAGGAGUCAACCUCAACCUUUCAGAUGUGGAGAAAUUGAAAGAAAAGUUCUCGUGUUGUGCUGAAGAUGAAGUUGCUUAUGCCAAGAUAUUCAAUUCGCAUGACGUUGAGGAAAAACACACGCUUCCUGAUGGUCAGGUUAUUAAAAUUGGAAGAGAAAAGUACACUGUGGGUGAGGCUCUAUUUCAGCCGUCAAUACUGGGUUUGGAGGCACAUGGCAUUGUCGAGCAGCUCGUACGAAGUGUUACACCUGUGUCAUCUGAGAAUCACAAACAGCUUUUGGAAAAUACUGUACUUUGUGGUGGCACUUCUUCUAUGGAUGGUUUCGAGGAUAGGUUUCAGAGAGAAGCUGGACUCUGCUCGUCAGCUAUUCGUCCCGCAUUAGUGAAGCCUCCAGAAUAUAUGCCAGAGAAUUUGACACUCUACUCAGCUUGGGUGGGCGGGGCCAUACUUGCCAAAGUUGUUUUCCCUCAGAACCAGCAUGUUACUAAAGCAGACUACGAUGAAACAGGACCUUCUAUUGUUCAUAGGAAAUGCUUCUAAAUCUUAUCGUCCGGUGUUUGAUAUGAAGAUUGAUCAUCAUUGUGUUUAUUUAGAUGGUUGUUUCCUAGAGAAGUGCAAGUACACAUGUCUCACCUCCCCAAGUUUCCUUGUGCUUGACCCCAGAGGAGCCUGGAAACUUGUGGGGUUUUAAGUUACUAUGGGGGAAUGGAUGCCAUCUAUUCGAAGUGAGAGCUUUGUUUCCCUUCUUUUAUUGCGAUACUGACAGUCGAUUUUCUUUCCAACUGACAUGAGCUUGGAAUAUCAGCCGAAUGAUAAAAUUAUGAUCCA